GAGAGACAUGCCAAUGGGGAAGGGGACGAGGCGGGAAGAAGAAGAAGAAGGCGCUGGGGUGCCGAGUUAGCUGGAGAGAGAGAGAGAGUCAGCGAGGCGCCGGCAGGGAGUGGAGUCGCGCGUCGGGGAAGGAAAAGUCCUUAAAGGGGCCGCGGAGCAAGCGGCUGCCGGCAUGAAGGGCUUCUAGGGCGGCGGAGGAGGAAUCCCAUCCACCAAGGAGGAGGGAGAGAGAGAAGAAGGAGGAAGAGCAGCACCAGCCGCAGGGACAGGAGCUUUUUACACAUCAAUCCCUUAAACCUGUGACAGUCGAGCAAGUGGACAAGAUUUCUUUUUCAUCUUUAUACCUAAUCCUGCAUACUGAAAGCACAAGCUUGGCUUCUAGGACAGGGAAAAUUUCAUGAUGGGUCCAUCCCAGGUGGUUUCCAUUGUAUGAUUCCAGAUAGCUUUAUAUUGGUAAAAUGUUUAAUCUUCCUCGGUGAUGGUGUGUAUUUCGAAAUUCAUCUUGGCUAAUCAUCCUGAAAGUUGCAAAUCCAGAUAGGUGCUUUUUUGGCUGAAACUGCAUCAGCACCAGCCAGAAGCGUUACUAAACGCAGAAUUUCUCCCAGCAUCAGUUCUACUUGGGAAAAGAAGAGUGUCAUCAUGUCUAAUAUCACAAUUGAUCCAGAUGUCAAACCUGGUGAAUAUGUCAUCAAGAGCCUUUUUGCUGAGUUUGCUGUUCAAGCUGAAAAGAAAAUUGAAGUUGUGAUGGCUGAACCUUUGGAAAAACUCUUGUCAAGAUCUCUUCAGAGAGGUGAAGAUCUUCAGUUUGACCAGUUGAUAAGCUCUAUGAGCUCUGUAGCAGAGCACUGUCUCCCCUCUUUACUGCGCACCUUGUUUGAUUGGUACAAACGCCAAAAUGGAACUGAAGAUGAAUCCUAUGAGUACAGGCCUCGGUCUAGCACAAAAUCUAAGGGGGAUGAGCAGCAACGUGAGAGGGAUUAUCUACUUGAAAGGAGGGAUUUAGCUGUAGAUUUUAUUUUUUGUUUAGUUUUAGUAGAAGUUCUAAAACAGAUACCUGUUCAUCCAGUGCCUGACCCUUUAGUUCAUGAUGUUCUAAAUUUGGCUUUUAAGCACUUUAAGCACAAAGAAGGGUAUUCAGGAACCAACACUGGGAAUGUGCAUAUUAUUGCAGAUUUAUAUGCAGAAGUGAUAGGGGUUCUUGCGCAAUCAAAGUUUCAGGCUGUUCGAAAGAAAUUUGUCACAGAAUUAAAGGAACUGCGACAAAAGGAACAAAGCCCUCAUGUGGUACAAAGUAUCAUCAGCUUAAUUAUGGGGAUGAAGUUUUUCAGAGUAAAAAUGUACCCCGUAGAAGAUUUUGAAGCAUCAUUUCAAUUUAUGCAGGAAUGUGCACAGUACUUUUUGGAAGUAAAAGAUAAAGACAUAAAGCACUCACUUGCUGGGUUGUUUGUAGAAAUUCUCAUCCCUGUUGCUGCUGCUGUCAAAAAUGAAGUGAAUGUGCCAUGUCUGAAAAACUUUGUGGAGAUGCUUUAUCAAACUACCUUUGAGCUGAGCUCAAGAAAGAAGCACUCGCUGGCUUUGUAUCCAUUGAUCACCUGUUUGUUGUGUGUCAGUCAGAAGCAGUUUUUUUUAAAUAACUGGCAUAUCUUCUUACAAAAUUGUCUGUCCCAUUUAAAGAUGCCAUCUAACAACAGUAUCAGAAAACAAAUAGAAACUCUUCAGAAUAAAGAUCCCAAAAUGUCUCGAGUUGCACUGGAAUCACUAUAUAGAUUAUUAUGGGUUUAUGUUAUUAGAAUAAAAUGUGAAAGCAACACUGUAACACAAAGCCGACUCAUGAGCAUUGUAUCAGCACUUUUCCCAAAAGGAUCUCGCAGUGUAGUCCCCCGAGACACACCUCUGAACAUAUUUGUAAAAAUUAUUCAGUUCAUUGCUCAGGAACGCUUGGAUUUUGCAAUGAAAGAAAUCAUUUUUGAUCUUCUCAGUGUUGGCAAAUCACCAAAAACCUUCACUAUAAAUCCAGAGAGAAUGAAUAUAGGCCUCAGAGUCUUCCUCGUGAUAGCAGACAGUUUACAACAAAAGGAUGGCGAGCCACCUAUGCCAACUACAGGAGUUGUACUUCCCUCAGGGAACACUCUCCGUGUAAAGAAAAUUUUUCUCAAUAAAACUCUGACGGAUGAAGAAGCAAAAGUUAUAGGAAUGUCAAUAUAUUAUCCUCAAGUAAGAAAAGCAUUGGAUAGCAUCCUGAGGCAUCUAGACAAAGAAGUUGGAAGACCAAUGUGCAUGACUAGUAUACAGAUGUCCAAUAAGGAACCUGAAGACAUGAUCACGGGGGAAAGAAAACCAAAAAUCGAUUUAUUUAGAACUUGUAUUGCUGCUAUCCCAAGAUUAAUUCCAGAUGGCAUGAGCAGAACAGACCUUAUUGAACUUCUUGCAAGGCUAACAGUUCAUAUGGAUGAAGAAUUGCGUGCACUGGCUUUCAAUACUUUGCAAGCAUUAAUGCUGGACUUUCCAGAUUGGCGAGAAGAUGUUCUUUCAGGAUUUGUUUACUUUAUUGUCCGUGAAGUCACUGACGUUCACCCAACACUUCUUGACAAUGCAGUAAAGAUGCUAGUGCAGUUAAUUAAUCAAUGGAAACAAGCGGUCCAAAUGCAAAAUAAGAACCAAGAAGCUCAGCGUGGUGUGGGCAAUGGCACUGCUCCUACCCUUCCCCUGGAAAAAAGCCCUUAUUCAAGUGUAUUUCAUGUGGUGGAAGGCUUUGCCCUGGUCAUUCUUUGUAGCACAAGACCUGCUACUAGAAGACUGGCUGUCAGUUGUCUUAAAGAAAUAAGGGCCUUGUUCAUAGCCCUAGACAUUUCCAAGGGUGAUGAUGAGUUGGCAAUAGAUGUAAUGGACAGAUUGAGUUCAUCAGUUCUUGAAAGUUUCAUACAUCUCACUGGUGCUGAUCAGACUGUGUUACUGUAUUGUCCCAGUUCAAUAGAUUUGCAAACAUUAGCUGAUUGGAGCUCAUCCCCUAUUAGCCACCAGUUUGAUGUCAUCAGUCCAUCCCACAUAUGGAUAUUUGCACAUGUAACUCAGGGCCAGGACCCUUGGAUUAUUAGCCUGUCCAGUUUUAUGAAACAGGAGUAUCUUCCAAAACAUUGCCCUACAGCUGUGAGCUAUGCUUGGAUGUUUUCUUAUACCAGACUCCAGCUGUUGUCUCCACAGGUUGACAUAAACAGCCCUAUCAAUGCCAAGAAAGUAAAUACUGCUAUAAGCAGCGACUCUUAUAUUGGGCUCUGGAGAAACUACUUGAUUCUUUGUUGCAGUGCAGCAACUUCUGCAUCCUCUUCUGCAUCUGCAGGUUCUGUCAGAUGUUCCCCUCCUGAGACGCUGGCGUCUACCCCCGACAGUGGUUACAGCAUUGAUUCAAAAAUAAUUGGUGUUCCUUCCCCUUCGUCCUUGUUUAAGCACAUUGUUCCAAUGAUGCGCUCUGAGAGCAUGGAAAUCACAGAAUCCCUUGUGCUGGGCCUCGGCAGGACCAGUCCUGGUGCUUUUAGGGAAUUAAUAGAAGAGUUGCAUCCUAUAAUUAAAGAAGCACUUGAAAGAAGGCCAGAGAACAUGAAACGACGCAGGCGUCGAGAUAUUUUACGUGUACAACUUGUACGAAUAUUUGAACUGUUGGCAGAUGCUGGCGUCAUUAGUCACAGUGCAAGUGGUGGCCUUGAUAAUGAAACACAUUCUCUCAACAAUACGUUAUUGGAGUAUGUGGAUCUAACUCGGCAACUCCUAGAAGCAGAAAAUGAAAAAGACUCUGAUACACUGAAAGAUAUCCGAUGCCAUUUUAGUGCCUUAGUGGCAAAUAUCAUUCAGAAUGUUCCAGUGCACCAGAGAAGAAGUGUCUUUCCGCAGCAGAGCCUCCGCCACAGCCUCUUUAUGUUGUUCAGUCACUGGGCAGGUCCUUUCAGUAUCAUGUUUACUCCACUAGACAGAUACAGCGAUAGAAACAUGCAAAUAAAUAGACAUCAGUACUGUGCAUUAAAGGCUAUGUCUGCUGUACUUUGUUGUGGCCCUGUUGCAGAUAACGUAGGACUAUCAUCAGAUGGCUAUUUGUACAAAUGGCUAGAUAAUAUUUUGGAUUCACAGGAUAAGAAGGUUCAUCAGCUUGGAUGUGAAGCGGUUAUGUUGCUGUUGGAGCUUAAUCCUGACCAGAGUAACCUCAUGUAUUGGGCUGUAGAUCGCUGUUAUACAGGCUCUAAGCGGGUAGCAGCUGGAUGUUUUAAAGCCAUAGCCAGUGUAUUCCAAAACAGAGAUUACCAGUGUGAUACAGUUACCCUUCUUAAUCUGAUAUUAUUUAAAGCAGCUGACUCUUCUAGGGCAAUCUAUGAAGUUGCUAUGCAACUGUUACAGAUUUUAGAGCCCAAGAUGUUUCGUUAUGCUCACAAACUGGAGGUUCAGAGAACUGAUGGGAUAUUGAGCCAGCCUGCACCUUUGCCACAUUUGUAUUCUGUGUCUUAUUAUCAACUUUCUGAAGAAUUAGCAAGGACCUAUCCUGAAUUAACUCUUGCAAUAUUUUCAGAAGUAAGCCAGAGAAUACAAAUGGCGCACCCCUCUGGAAGGCAGGUGAUGCUGCAUUAUUUGCUUCCCUGGAUGAAUAAUAUUGAACUGGUGGAUUUGAAACCUUUGCCCACAAUUCGACGGCAAGAUGAAGAUGAAGAAGAUCCUUUGAAGGAUAGAGAGCUGAUGGUGAAUAGCAGGCGCUGGCUCAAAGGAGAAGGGUGGGGAUCGCCACAGGCUACAGCGUUGGUUUUAAACAACCUAAUGUACAUGACAGCAAAGUAUGGUGAUGAAAUAGCAUGGUCAGAAAUUGAGAAUGUUUGGAUUACACUAGCGGACAGUUGGCCAAAGAAUUUGAAAAUAAUCCUGCAUUUUUUGAUCAGCAUCUGUGGAGUGAACAGCGAACCCAGCCUGUUGCCUUAUGUUAAGAAGGUAAUUGUUUACUUGGGUAGAGAUAAAACCAUGCAGCUUUUGGAAGAGCUGGUGAGUGAACUACAGCUUACUGACCCUGUCAGUUCUGGAGUUAGUCAUAUGGACAACCCACCAUAUUACCGCAUCACUUCCAGUUUUAAAAUCCCUUCUGUUACCUCAGGAAUGGGAAGCGAGAAGUCUAGCUCUAGAUGCAGAGGUACUACUUCAAGUAGCAAUACAAUGGUGGCACCCUCAGAUGGUAAUCCUGACAAUAAGAAUAUAAAAGAGAGUACUGAUGAAAAUUAUGUACAUCUAGAUAUCUACAGUGGAUUGAAUAGUAAUCUAAAUCGCCAGCACCACAGGCUAGAAUCUCGCUAUAGCAGCAGUUCGGGAGGAUCAUAUGAAGAAGAGAAAAGUGAUUCAAUGCCACUGUACUCAAAUUGGCGGCUGAAAGUGAUGGAGCACAAUGAAGGAGAACCUUUACCAUUUCCACCUUCAGGGGGUUGUUGGUCACCAUUGGUGGAUUAUCUGCCUGAAACAUCUUCUCCUGGCAUGGUUCUUCAUCGGUGUAACAUAGCAGUGAUUCUGUUGACUGACUUGAUAAUUGAUCACAGUGUGAAGGUUGACUGGGGGAACUAUCUGCACCUCUUACUUCACGCAGUGUUUAUAGGACUUGACCAUCACCAUCCUGAAGUAUAUGAACACUGCAAACAUCUCCUAUUGCAUUUAUUGAUUGUGAUGGGCUCUAGCAGUAAUGUCCAGUCUGUGGCUUCAGUCCUUCUCAGGAAUAGGGAGUUUAAUGAACCCCGGGUGCUCACUGUCAAACAAACAGCACAUUUGGAUUACAUCUUCACAGGUGUAAAUGAUUUUAUACCGGAUCACCAGCCCUCCCCAAUGACAGACUCAGGGCUCAGUUCAAGUUCUACCUCUUCUAGCAUCAGCUUAGGAAAUACCAGUGCUGCCAUUUCUCAUAUGCAUAGCACCAUCCUCAGUGAAGUUGACAUUUCAGGAGAGCAAGAUGAAAAAAUGAAAUCACUCAUGGAGUUUAUUACUACCAGAAAACGAGGUCCGCUUUGGAAUCAUGAAGAUGUUUCAGCAAAGAAUCCAAGCAUAAAGAGUGCAGAGCAGUUAACCGUAUUUCUAAAGCAUGUCAUUUCUGUAUUUAAACAAUCAAGUUCAGUUGGAUUUCAGCUGGAACAUCACCUGAGUGAAGUUGCUCUUCAAACUGCACUUUCCUGCUCCUCUCGGCAUUAUGCUGGGAGAUCCUUCCAGAUCUUUCGCGCACUGAAGCAACCUCUGUCUGCAUCUACGCUUUCUGACAUUUUGUCCAGACUGGUGGAAACUGUUGGGGAUGCAGGAGAAGAAGCUCAGGGUUUUGUCAUAGAACUACUUCUUACUUUAGAGUCAGCUGCUGAUACACUGGCAGACACCAUGAAGCAUUAUGAUCUUCUCACCGCACUUUCCCAUGCUUCAUACCAUGAUCCAUUAAUGGGAAACAAAUAUGCAGCUAACAGGAAAAGCACUGGUCAGAUAAACCUAAGCACAAGCUCCAUUAGCAGUGGCAAUUUUAUAGGCUACUAUAGUAACAUGAGAAGCAACUCUUUGCGACUGAGUUUAAUAGGGGACCGAAAGAUUGAUCGGCGGAGGAGCAACACACUGGAUAUAAUGGAUGGAAGGAUAAACCAUUCCAACAGUUUAGCAAGGACUAGAAGCCUUUCCUCCCUGAAAGAGGGAGGAAUGCAUGAUGUGCAGCCUACUACUGACCCUGUGAACCUGAUGGCUACCAUAUUCUGGAUUGCGGCAUCAUUGCUUGAAUCAGAUUAUGAAUAUGAAUACCUCCUGGCUCUCAGGCUGCUCAACAGACUUCUGGUCCAUUUGCCUCUGGAUAAGUCUGAAAGCAGGGAGAAAAUUGAAAAAAUGCAAAGUAAAUUAAAAUGGAAUAACUUUCCAGGCCUUCAGCAUCUCUUCCUGAAGGGUUUUACCUCAGUUUCUACACAGGAAAUGACAGUUCAUUUACUUAGCAAACUCAUCACAGUCUCCAAACAUGCGUUGGUGGAUCCUUCCCAAUUAACAGGAUUUCCUCUCAACAUCUUGUGUUUAUUGCCUCAUCUAAUCCAGCAUUUUGAUAAUCCAACUCAGUUCUGCAAAGAAACUGCAGAUAGAAUAGCAAAGGUUUGUGCAGAAGAAAAGUCCCCAACGCUUGCCAAUUUGGCUCAUAUGAUGAGUCUAUACAGUACCCAUAGUUAUUCCAGAGACUGCUCAAACUGGAUUAAUGUAGUGUGUAGAUAUUUGCAUGACUCCUUCUCAGAAACAACUUUUAAUCUUGUUACUUAUCUAGCAGAGCUAUUAGAGAAAGGAAUAUCCAGCAUGCAGCAAUCUUUACUUCAAAUCAUUUAUAGUCUUUUGAGUCAUAUUGACCUCUCUGCAGCACCAGUGAAGCAGUUUAAUCUGGAAAUCAUAAAGAUCAUUGGUAAAUAUGUUCAGAGUCCAUAUUGGAAGGAAGCGCUUAAUAUUUUGAAACUGGUGGUAUCUCGAUCAGCAAGUCUUGUUGUACCUAAUGAUAUUCCAAAGUCCUAUGGUGGUGAUAUAAGUUCCCCUGAAAUUUCAUUCACCAAAAUUUUUAAUAAUGUUUCCAAAGAACUACCUGGGAAGACCUUAGAUUUCCAUUUUGAUAUCUCAGAGACCCCAAUCAUUGGAAACAAGUAUGGUGAUCAGCACAGUGCAGCUGGCAGAAACGGAAAGCCUAAAGUCAUUGCUGUUACAAGAAGUACUUCUUCAACCUCCUCAGGUUCAAAUUCAAAUGCCUUGGUACCUGUAAGCUGGAAGAGGCCACAGUUAUCCCAGCGAAGAACCAGGGAGAAGCUAAUGAAUGUACUGUCAUUGUGUGGUCCAGAGUCUGGCCUCCCCAAGAAUCCAUCUGUUGUGUUUUCUUCUAAUGAAGACUUGGAAGUUGGGGAUCAACAAACUAGUCUUAUUUCUACAACAGAGGAAGUAAUUCAGGAAGAAGAAGUAGCUGUAGAAGAUAACACCAGUGAACAACAGUUUGGAGUUUUUAAAGAUUUUGACUUUUUAGAUGUUGAAUUGGAAGAUGCAGAGGGCGAAAGCAUGGAUAACUUCAACUGGGGGGUCCGCAGGCGCUCUCUGGAUAGCAUUGACAAAGGAGACACACCGUCUCUCCAAGAAUAUCAGUAUUCCGGUAGCACCCCCAGCUUAAAUUUGACCAAUCAAGAAGAUACCGAUGAAUCAUCAGAAGAGGAAGCUCUGACUGCAAGUCAGAUCUUAUCACGAUCACAGAUGCUAAACUGUGACUCUGCUGCCGACGACGCAGUGCUAGACCAUGCGGGGUCACUGCGCCAGUCACAAGACUCUACUAGCAGCGUGGGAACAGAAGAGGUGCUUCAAAUCAGAGCUGAGACCCCAAGUUUGGAGGUUUCCCCUCUAGAUAAUGCUAGCAACCAGCUGCCUGAGGAUGGCAGUUCCUCUGUAAAGGAUGAACAAAUUAGUACAGCUAGUGAAGAAACGGGAUCAUUUGUGGUGCAAGAACAACAAGAUUUGCUGAUCUGCCAAGAGCCAUUAGAACUAGAGGAAACGCCUGAAAUUUCAGAGCAUCCUGCUAAUGAGAGCUACACUGAAUCAAUCUGUGAAGAAGAUGUUACUCUUGCUCUGAAGGAACUUGAUGAAAGGUGUGAAGAGGAAGAAGCUGACUUCUCUGGUUUGUCUAGUCAAGAUGAAGAACAAGAUGGUUUUCCAGAAGUACAGACAUCUCCCCCACCGUCUCCAUUUCUUUCUGCCAUAUUGGCAGCUUUUCAACCCCAGGUGUAUGAUGAUGAAGAGGAGGCUUGGCGUUGCCAUGUGAAUCAGCUGCUGACUGAUACAGAUGGAUCGUCUGCUGUCUAUACAUUUCACAUAUUUUCUAGGUUGUUUCAGAUCAUUCAAAGGAAGUUUGGGGCUAUAACCCAUGAAUCAGUCAGUUUUCUUGGUGAGAAUCUGCAACGAAUUGGAGCAAAAUUUAAAAGUUCACUGGAAGUAAUGAUGUUGUGUUCAGAAUGCCCCACUGUUUUUGUUGAUGCAGAAACGUUGGUCUCCUGUGGUUUAUUAGAAACACUGAAGUUCAGCGUUCUAGAGCUUCAAGAACAUCUGGAUACUUACAAUGCUAGAAGAGAAUCAGCAGAAGAGUGGCUGAAAGACUGCAAAAGGACAUUUGGUACAGAUGACGGUAUUCAUGGAACCACCACAGAUGCUCAGCAUUUGGAAAUUCUAGCAGAGUUAGAAUUGUGUCGAAGGCUAUAUAAAUUGCAUUUCCAGUUGCUGCUUCUCUUCCAAGCCUAUUGUAAACUUAUAAGCCAAGUGGAUGUGAUCAAAAAGGAAGCAGAGGUAAUAAAUAUGUCAGAGGAGCUUGCACAGCUAGAGGUUUUUCUGAAGGAAGCAGAAUCUGCUUCUGACAGUGGCAUCGAAGAAAUGGAAAUCUCAGAGGCUUCCCAGGCCAGCACUGAGACUGCCAUUCACUCUCUUAUUGAAACCAUGAGGAGCAAAGAAUUUGUGUCUGCGAUAGCACAGGUCAAAGCCUUCAGGUGCAUUUGGCCCAAUGAUAUAUUUGGCAACCCUGAAGAUGAUCCCAUACAAACUCUGCUACACAUAUAUUUCCGUCACCAGACCCUGGGUCAGACUGGCAGCUUUGCAGUAGUUGGCUCAAAGCAAGAUAUGUCAGAAGCCAGUUCAAAGCUAAUGGAACUGAAUUUAGAAAUCCGGGAAUCCCUGCGGAUGGUGCAGUCAUAUCAGCUUCUUGCCAAACAUACAGCUGUGAGAAGUUUGAGCACUGGAUUUUGAAUCACUGUCCCACAGAAAGACUAAAGCUAAAGUCUCAUUAUUAUCCGGCACCUUUCAUAUCUGUUGAAAAACCUGCUCUUUCCGGAAGGCAUCAUAUUUUUGAUUACUGUUAAAGAACGUCACUGGAAGAAGCGACAGAAUUCAGAGGCGAGGAUCUUGGAAACUCACGGCAUCUUAAUGCUUUCUUCCAAAGUGGCGAUAUGGGCAGCGUGAACACUUUUUAAAUAAUAAUCUUAUAAAAACUGCAUUAGAAAAAAAGGGCUAUAAACAAUGCCUAUAACUGCAUUCUUUUCUGCAACAGCAGAAAUGUAAGAGUUGUUGCAAUAGCCUCUCCAUACUGAGACUAUGUAAAGCGGGGGAAAUGAGGCUAAAAUCAAGGCUGAAGACCUAUGAGGUUUUCAGGCAGUUAAAAAAUAAUAAUCGUAACAAUGUCUGAUGUAUACAGUUGGCGACGUCGCGAGGAAUGUGCUGUCAGAAUGCAGGAGUUAAAACUGCAAACCGUAUGGAUUCAUCAAAACGUUGUAUUUAGUUCUGUCUGGUCAUGGUGGAUUAUGUGUGAAAGUUGGAAUGAAUGUUUCUCUGACAAUUGCAUUUUGAAGGUAUGGAUGAUGUGCGAUGAGGUCUGAGCAUGCCUAGCGAAAGCACUGCAAGAUUAUUUUGGGUGGGAAAUAUUUUUAGCUCUAACUUCUAAUUUGUAAAUGUUAAGGCAUUUAAUAAUAUUUUAAAACUGGAAUUUCCAGUUUUCAAAAAAAAUGAUAAUAUAUCUCUAACUUGUUGAGAAUGCUGCUCAGUUUUCUGAUCAGUGUUUAUUGAUAAUGGACUAACCAAAAAGUAGCUGCCUGCAGAGACUUUAAGAUGUAUAUUAAAGAUUUAUGUUGCCCCUCCGCAACUCAUUAGGAAAGUUAACUUAUUUUAUCCUGUACAUAUUCUAGAAAUUGUAUAGUGUAAAAUUCAGUAUUUUUGUUGAACAAUGCACUGUUACAUGAGAAUAGUGUAUAAAGCUAAGCAAGGGAGGGGGGCAAGAAUAGUGGCUGUUAAUAGACAACAUGACCAUGGAAUACAUGACCAAUUAUCUCUGUAUUCUGCAGAGUUCGGGAGGUUUAAACUCACGUGUGUCUGUCUUUAUGACUCGUAUUUAAAGCUAAGGAAUUUGGGACUGUAUAUAGAAGGGAAAAACCAUUUGGUUUCCAAACUCGACAAUAUAUUUCAAAAAUCGGUAGCACAAGAUUAACUAAACUCUGUUGAAACCAAAACAAUUUUAUAUAAUCAAAAAGUAUGAAUGUAGUCCCGCAAUUCCUCUAAUUCAGAAGGAAUAAAGGUCUGUAUUUUAGGCAUCUGUCUUUCCCACUGUGAUUUCAACAAAAACAUUUCAGAAAACUGGCUCUGAAAAUUCCAGACUGUAGAAUGUAGACACAAAUCUCUUUAGCAUGGCCUUUUUGUUUCCUUGGGGAAAUUAACCCUAUUAGACAUAUAAUUAUGCUGAAAUGCAUUAAUUGAACGCACUGUGCAUAUUCUUGGACUGCUGAUAGAAGUUCUGUUACAUUUCCAAAUCUCUUGUUUAACUAGACAUGGCACAUUCAUAAUCAUAAUCACUGUAUUUUUCUUUUGACUCUGAUAAAAUUUAAUUAUUUUGAAGACUCUGUGGUACUGUAGAUGGUGUUCUUAAUUAUUUAAUAAGGUCUUACAGGGCUAUAUGUAGUUUUUAGUGGUGUAUCAUACUUUUUACAUCUUUUAUCAGCCUCAUUUUUGUGUUUUUGUUUUGGGGAGGGCCCAGUAAAAUAAAAAUUCCUAUCUGCUA